UUGAGUGAAGAGCAACGAUGAGAAAUUUGGGGAAGAAAGUUUAGCGAGAGGAAAUGAUGAUGAUGAUGAUGAUGAUGAUCGCUCGCACACUUUCGCCGUCGAAGCUCAGACGCCUUCUUCCCUUCUCCCACUUCGCAGUUCCAUCUCAUUCUCCGCCUUUCAAUCCCAUUUCAGACCCCAUUUUCAUAAACCCUACUAAAACCCUCUUGCCGAUUUUGUUUAGACAUUUUUCUUCAAUACCCAUUCCUCAAAAGCCCUCUCCUUUGUCUCUCAAUAGAGAUGGGAACUUUUCGGAAUCCACCUCCCUUUCUCUCGUCAUAUGCCGUGGUUGCGGCGUCUCGAUGCAGGAUUCAGACCCAAAACAACCCGGAUUCUUCAUUAAGCCUUCGCUGAAAAGCCCCGAUUACAAGUUACAGAUUGAUAGGAAACCAAUAGCUGACGAGUCGGAGAUUUCGAAUUCGUUCAAGAAAGGAUUACUCAAUGGCCUUGUGGAAGACGAUGACCCAGAAAUUUCAGAGACUCCUACCUCUCAUUCGAUGGAAAAGCCGGUGGUUUGCGCGAGAUGCCAUUCACUUAGGCAUUACGGUAAGGUGAAAGAUCCAAACUUGGAAAACUUGUUGCCGGAUUUUGAUUUUGAUCAUACGGUUGGGAGGAAGUUACGUUUCACAACAGGUACGAGGACUGUGGUUUUAUUGGUGGUUGAUGCUGCGGAUUUCGACGGUUCAUUCCCUAGGAAAGUGGCCAAGCUAGUUUCAGACACCAUUGAUGAGAAUUCAACAGCUUGGAAAGAAGGAAAGUCUGGGAAUGUACCAAGGGUGGUCCUGGUGGUGACAAAGAUUGACCUUCUUCCAAGCUCUCUAUCUCCUACGGGACUAGAGCAUUGGGUUCGAUCAAGGGCGAGGGAAGGUGGAGCAAACAAGCUCACCACAGUCCAUUUGGUGAGUGCAAUCAAAGAUUGGGGUGUGAAGAAUCUCAUUGACGAUGUGGUUAAGUUAGCAGGAGCUAGAGGAAAUGUAUGGGCAAUUGGAGCUCAGAAUGCAGGGAAAUCAACUCUGAUUAAUUCGAUUGGAAAACAUGCUGGUGGGAAAGUAGCUCAUUUGACUGAAGCACCUGUUCCAGGAACAACUUUGGGGAUUAUUAGGGUAGAAGGUGGAUUACCUGGAAAUACAAAAUUGUUUGAUACUCCUGGCCUUUUGAAUCCGCACCAGAUCACUACCCGGUUGACAAGGGAGGAACAACAGCUUGUUCAAAUGAGCAAGGAGUUGAAACCACGAACUUACAGGAUCAAGGCAGGACAUUCAGUUCAUAUUGCUGGGCUCAUGAGAGUAGAUGUAGAAGAAUCAUCUGCUGAGUCCAUUUAUGUUACUGUGUGGGCAUCACCGUACCUUCCAUUGCACAUGGGCAAAAUGGAGAAUGCAUGCUCCAUGAUUGAAGACCACUUUGGUCGCCAACUCCAGCCGCCUAUUGGUGAAAAACGUGUUGAAGAGAUGGGAAAAUGGGUGAGAAAAGAAUUCCGUAUAAGCGGUAACAGUUGGGAUUCAAGUUGUGUAGACGUUGCUGCUUCUGGUCUGGGUUGGUUCGCUUUCGGACUUAGAGGUGAGGCUUCUAUAGGUGUUUGGACUUACGAUGGAGUGGAUGUCUUUCUCCGCAACUCAUUGAUCCUUAACAGAGCAAGGACAUUUGAGGUUGCCGGUUUCACUGUCUCAAAAAUCGUGUCUAAAGCCGACAAACAGCAAGUGGAAAGAGAGAACAAGAUGGAAAGAGAGAACAAGAAGAAGAACCGAAAAUCAGACGAACAAUCAGAGAAGAAACAUUCAAUGGAUUCUGCAUAGGAAAGAAAAUGUAAUUUGUAGUUUUGAUAUGUUCCAAGAAAUAGAGUUUUGUUUCAAAUUAAUUUAACAUUCCAUUUUAUCAGAUUUAUGAUUUUUGGUU